AUGGCCCUGGCCAACCUCACGACGGCCCCAGAAUUCCUCCUCCUCGGCCUGGUGGAUGGAACAGACAUCCACCCGCUGCUCUUCCUGCUCUUCCUCGGCGUCUACCUGCUCAAUGCCCUGGGCAACCUGGCCAUGGUGGUGGUGGUGAGGUCGGAUGGGGCCCUCCGCUCCCCCAUGUACUAUUUCCUGGGUCACCUGAGCCUCGUGGACGUCUGCUUUACCACUGUCACGGUCCCCAGACUGCUGGCCGGCUUGCUCCACCCGCGCCAGGCCGUGUCCUUCCAGGGAUGCUUUUCCCAGAUGUACUUCUUCGUGGCUCUGGGCAUCACCGAGAGCUACCUGCUGGCAGCCAUGUCCUACGACCGCGCGGUGGCCAUCUGCCGCCCCCUGCACUACUGCGCGGUCAUGACGCCCGGGCGCUGCGCGGCGCUGGUGACCACGUCCUGGGCGGUGGCCCACCUGCACUCGCUGCUGCACACGCUGCUCAUCUCGGCGCUUUCCUACCCGUGCCCCGCCCCUGUGCGCCACUUCUUCUGUGACAUGACGGUGAUGCUGAGCUUGGCGACCUCGGACACGGCGACCGCGGAGGCUGCCAUCUUCUCUGAGGGCCUGGCCGUGGUGCUCACCCCGCUGCUCCUCGUGUCGCUGUCCUACACGCGCAUCCUCGUCGCGGUGCUGGGAGUACGGGCGGCCGGGGGCCGGCGCCGCGCCUUCGCCACCUGCGGGGCCCACCUGGUGGUGGUGUCGCUUUUCUUCGGCUCUGUCCUCUCCGUCUAUUUCCGGCCGUCCUCCGCCUACUCAGCCCUCUAUGACCGCCUGGCCAGCGUGGUCUAUGCUGUGCUCACACCGACCUUGAACCCUUUCAUCUACAGCCUUCGCAACAAGGAGGUCAAGGGCGCCCUGAAAAGGGGGCUCAGAUGGAGGGCUGCACCCCAAGAGGUGUGAGGGAACGUCCUGGUUCACUGGCAUUUCAAUGAUAAGAAAGAUUACAAAAGAACACGCCCCUCUUUUUCUAGCUUCCCAAAGCACUAGCAAUAUUGGUCCUGUAGCAUCUUAUUUCUGGUUAAAUUAAAAAUCA